CACAUAUAAGUAAUCAACAACAAUAAAAACCAAACAUUUGAACGAUGAAGUCUCUUGUUUUUAUCGUGCUCGUUGCCGUCGCGCAUGGUUACGUGGUGGAGCAGACAGCAACUUGUAAAACAGCCUACUCUACUGCUGGUCUCUCGUCAAACUUCAAUGAAACCAUUGCCCAUGCCAUACAUUCUAUGACAGUGGAAGGGUUGAGGCUCUUCAAUCCUAAGGCUACUGAGAAGAACUGUAUUCCUACUGUCAACCAUAACAUCAGCGCCGAUAUCAAGGUUCUACCAUACGCUCCUUCUGACUGCAUUGGCGGGGACUUCUCAACAUGGACCAUGAACACAUUGGAUAAAAUACUUAGCAACAUUGGAAUUGAUGACGAUGGUCUCGGUCCAAACUGGUCAGCCAUUGAAAGGACAGCCCACAAGUUCCAUAUGUGGGACCUUUGGAUGAAAAUACUUCAAGUGUACCAGACGCGUGUAGUAUCUAACCCCCCAACCGACGAUGUGUGCGAAUGUCUCACAGACACCGAUAACAAUGGUAUCUACAAGGCCGUCCAUUGGGUCGCCGAUCACUACAAACAUGGUACCCCAAUCACGCUCCUCAACCGUCCGAUCCCAAAGCUGACGGAUGCCAAAACAUGGGGUAUCUGGAAGCAACGUUUGCUAUGGUACUACACCGAACCUGCCUUGUACGAUGCUGCUGUGUACAUUUAUUGUGCUACUCUUGCAUUUUAA